AACGCGGCAAAUUGUAUUGAAAUUAGAAGGCAGGGGCCGAAGCGCUCGGUAUUGAAGACGAGAUAACUUCUGCCAUGGCUUGGCAAUUUUACUGCCCCAGACACUAUGGGUUAACCAUGAACGCAGUUAAUGAUUUUGUGCAACAACUUUCGUUUGUGGAUGUGAAACUUGUAUGCAAGAACAAAAAGACUGUGUAUUCCCACAAGUUAAUACUGGCUUCAGCUAGCCCAUUUCUAAAGGCUGUUAUUGAAGAAAUGAACAAUUCCGAUGAUAUGGCUACCUUGUUUUUACCUGAUUUCGAUUAUAAUAUUGUUUCUCUGUUGCUGACGUUCCUCUGCGAAGGUAUUAUGAAACUUACAUGGGAAGAACUAGGAGAAUUCCGGGAGCUUUGUAAUGGGCUAGGUAUGAAUUUCCCUGGUGCCGACGUGGUAAAGGUAUUAAAUGAGUCUCAUUACUCGCAAACGUCGCAAGCAACUGACAUCGAAGCAAACCCAAUCGCAAAUACAGAACGGGGAAUACGUACUUCGUCUUCGCUCGUGUCUUCCAGAGAAGCUUUCCAUACACCAGCAAAGAUACCUGAUACAAGCAGUGCCUUUGCAUCCAUAGUACCAAAGAUAGAAGACUGUGAAGACUGUCAAAAUAUUCAACUGACGCAGCCUGUACCUAGUAAUGAUUGUCAAAACGCAGUGCAGAAUCUGGAUGUUAGGAAUAUACAGCAUAGUCUUACUGACAGUGAUUAUUCUCAAACAGAGGAACAUACACAGAUGAGUUUGGAGACUAGUGAAAGUGUUAUGUAUUCUAAUGCCACAAGUAGUGGUGGCUCUUGGAGAAAAGUGAUGUGCUCACACAGUGAUACUCAUACAGAUUUAAAUGUGUGCCAUGCUAAAAGUUCAGUGCGAAAAUCAUCACAAAGUAAUGAAACAUCUCGCAUGCAUUCCUUGCCUUCAGUGCCAAUGUCUGUUGAACAAGAUAAUUUUCAUAGCAGCAACUCUCACUUUACUCAUCAAAAAUCAAGUACUCGCCAAAUUGUGAAACAGUCAAAAGCCACAGAACAAAGUGCAUAUCACCAAAUAAAGAAACAGUCAAAAGCAAAAACGAAAAAACUCCAUAGUGAGGCAGGUGUACAAAAGACGCAUUUAACACAGAUUUUGAAUUCAUCUUCUGUUCACAAGAAGCUGCCAGAACUACCAGGUGCCACUUCUCAUAACAUAAAACUAUCACCACAUGUGAAAAGUAGCAGUAGACCGAGUAACUCAAAAGGCCAUAGUAAAACACAAUCAGUUCAAAAAUCUGUACGCUUGAAGAAGAGAAAAAAUAGUGAGGGAACUGGGAGCCGGCGGCACCUCUCUCACCAGCCCAGCCAGCGCCUUGGUCAGCAGAGGGCGGCAGCCACCGACCGGCCAGCACACUUCGACGCCCACGCAUCACCUUCCAGCCGCCGACACAAGAGCAGCUAACCAGAAACGCAGUAUCACUGCGCUGCCCACUACUCGAGUCGUCGCCGUCGCUUUCGGCGCCAGUUACAUCGCAGUCUACAACCGUGGAAUCCUCACCACCAUUACGUUGAGAAAUCGUGGCUGCGACCUGCAGCUCGCCGGAUGGGACUUCACUUCAGUGCACUGGGUGACUCCCAGGACAGCAUAUUUUGUUUAUUGUACCAAUGUCCGUCAAAACUGGACUGUAUCUAACUUAGAGUGCUUAGAGUGUGGCCGCUUGCCGGAGUUAGAAUUUUUCCGGUUGUUUAUCUAGUCGGAUAUUAACUUUUCGCUGUCGACUUAUGAUAUCUUCUUACUGUGCCCGUUCUGAGGCCGCCUAGCCGAGUCAUACUG